GUAACUCGCAGGGUUAUGGCCUCUCUUUCCCGGUUUGUGUGGUGUGAUCUCAUUCCCACCCAAAGAUCGAGAAGAGAAAAGGAUGGACAGAGUGAAUUCUCCACCUUCGUGAAUCGUAAGAAAGCUCAAAGUAGCAGCGGUGCCAGAUCAAGAAUUAUAAUUCCUUGUGGCAGACCCUCACCGAAGAACCAAGCGGUGGUCACUGGUUUGUUCAACAACAUCAACAACAAUACCCACUGCCCAGUAGGCAGUUGCCAACACGGCCAGUCGACCACACCACUGACACUAACUCCAACACCAGCCAUGACGACACCGAAGCCUAUUCUGUAUUCCUACUUCCGAAGCUCCUGCUCCUGGCGGGUCAGAAUAGUGUUGGCUCACAAGAAAAUUGAUUAUGAGUACCAGCCAAUUCACCUUCUCAAAAAAGAACAGGUGAGUGAUGAAUACACCAAGGUGAAUCCCAUGGGUCAGGUCCCAGCACUGAUUGUUGAAGAUAAGAUGUUGACCCAGUCGAUCAGCAUCAUGGAAUAUCUGGAAGAGACCUACCCUCAAAAUCCAUUGCUACCUAAGGAACCUUUACUUAGAGCUAAGGUCCGGGAGAUAUGUGAGGUGAUUGGCUCAGGUAUUCAGCCACUGCAAAACCUGGCAGUACUGCAGAAGAUUGGGGAUGAGAAGAUGGAAUGGGGCCACUUCUACAUAAACAAAGGAUUUUGUGCUUUGGAGCAACUGCUGGCUGGUUGUGCAGGAAAAUAUUCAGUGGGAGACCAAGUAACAUUGGCUGACUGCUGUCUUGUACCUCAAGUUUACAAUGCUAACAGGUUCAAAGUAGAUUUGUCCCAGUUCCCCAUCAUCAGCCGGAUCCAUGAAGCACUUAACGGCUUAGAGGCCUUUAAGGCUGCCCAGCCCUCCAACCAGCCUGAUUGUCCAGAGGAUCUCAAGUAGUGAUGCACUAUAUUGUGUUUCAUGAACAUACAUUUAGGCUCCAGCAAAUGACUACUGUCCCUAUCAUCCUGCUGCUCAUGUUGAUGCCACCAUUGCGUAAUAACUUCUAUCAACAGGCACAACGAGAUCUACCACCUAUCCAUGCUGACACCACCACAGCAUGACUUCACCAACCAGCAUCUGUAGAACAGUCUCUGAUCCAAAGUCCAAGAAACUAUCUCAUGUUAAUAAUAUUCAUGACUGCUGUAUCUUGAUCUGGAAGACUCUCUCUCUCUCUCUCUCUCUCUCUCUCUCUCUCUCUCUCUCUCUCUCAUAUCAAAGUUCAGACCCACAGUAUGUUUAAAAACUGCAAAACACUGGUGCUUCCACUCAUUUGUGUGUGUGUGUGUGUAUACCAUGAAAUAUUCUAUCAUGCUUAUAUGAAAUAAAAAGUGCCAAGCUGUAAA